AUGGCAACGUGUACAACUAACGAUCCCCAUGAAAUUCAAAUGGAUAGCGAAUCUGAAGGCGAUUCUACUAUGAAAAUUGACGCAGUUUAUUCAUCAGAUGUGGAUAGUAGUGAAUCGGAUGAUGAAAUAGGAUCAUCGAAACAACAAUCUACUGAUCGAAUUUGGAAGAAAACUGCAUUCAAACCACAUCUCUUCUCCUUUGAUGAAACAAAUGCUGGUCUUUCAUCGAACAUAGACGCUAUGAAAGAUGCUACACCUCUUGAAUUUUUUCAAUUAUUGUUCAAUGAAACAAUAAUUGAUCUAAUUGUUGAAGAAACCAACAAGUACCAGGCUUUUUCUAACAACGAUAUUACACCCUCAACAUGUUCCCACCAAGCAAAAUGGACAGAGACAAAUCGCUCUGAAAUAUAUACUUUCCUAGCCACAACUAUGCUCAUGUCUGUAACUAAAAAGAAUAAGAUCCUCGACUACUGGUCAGCUGAUCCAAUGAUUAUUACACCUAUGUUUGCAGACGUUUUUCAAUUUAAGGUAACUGUCUCAUUGCAUAACAUAGUAAUGGCUAUUAAUUUGAUACCAUUUCUAUCACAACCCGAAUUUCAAUCCUCACUUUUUUUAUUUUCAAAUAGUAUUCUUAUUCUACUUACAUACAUAUUUAUUCAUCCAUUUCCAUUUUCAUCCUUAUCUGUUCUUAUUUAUGUUUUAAUUACUUUCUAUGUUACAAAACGAUUAGCAUCAGGUAAUUCAUAUAAACCAACAAAAAAUCUUCAGGAACAAAUAGUGAUUGUCACAGGUGCGGCAACAGGGAUCGGUUAUGUAUCAGCAACCGAAUUAGCUAAAUUAGGUGCUAAAGUCAUUGUUGGUAUACGCGGGCAAGAAAGAGCGGAACGUAUUGCAAAACAAAUUGCACAAAAAUCAAAUGGUACAGUUAUUGGUUAUGAUUUAGAUUUAUCGAAUUUAUCAAAUGUUAAACAUUUUGCUGAACAAAUUCUGAAAAAUGAACAACGUUUAGAUAUUUUGUUGAAUAAUGCCGGUGGAAUUAAAGACAUAUAUACUACAACGACCGAUGGUCUAGAAAUCCAAUGGGCUACAAAUCAUAUUGGCCACUUUUAUUUAACAAAACUUCUUUUAUCGUUAUUACUAAAAUCGAAAGGUCGAGUAGUUAACGUUAGUUCUAUAGUCCAUUUUAUUGCAUCACGCGGUAUUGAUUAUGAGUUUUUCAUCGAUAGUUACUCAAAUUUCAAAGUUUACGGAACGACAAAAUUGGCAAAUAUCUGGCAUGCUUAUGAACUGCAUCGACGUUACGGUUCAAAAGGUUUGAAAGCUUAUUCAUUACAUCCGGGCUCAAUUAUUACUACAGAGUUCAAUCGUAAUCGACCAAAAUUAGUUUUAUUACUCAUUCAAUCACUGAUGUAUUUCUUUAGUAAAACAAUCUAUGAAGGUACAUUAACAAGUUUAUAUUGUUCACUAUCAGAUGAUGCACAAUCAGGAAAAUAUCAUUCAGACUGUAAAGAAGCGCAACCAUCUCAAAUUGCGUACAAUCAAAAAUUAGCUGAAGAAUGUUGGAAUAAAAGCGAAGAAAUAAUUGAAGAAAAAACAAAAUAUUUGUCAUAG